AGGCAACCUGUUCCAGAGCCGCCUGCUUUCUCGGCACAUGCUGCUGCCACCGCCGAGGCCGGGGCCAGAGCCUAUCCCAUGAUGCACCGCGCCAGCCUAGUCCCCAGUGGGCCGCCAUGUUGUCGGAGUGAAAGGUAAGGGGGAGCGAGAGCGCCGGAGAGAGAAGAUCGGGGCGCUAAAAUCCAUCUUCAUCCUACCGCUCCGCCCGUGUUGGUGGAAUGAGCGUUGCAUGUGUCUUGAAGAGAAAAGCAGUGCUUUGGCAGGACUCUUUCAGCCCCCACCUGAAACAUCACCCUCAAGAACCAGCUAAUCCCAACAUGCCUGUUGUUUUGACAUCUGGAACAGGGUCGCAAGCGCAGCCACAACCAGCUGCAAAUCAGGCUCUUGCAGCUGGGACACACUCCAGCCCUGUCCCAGGAUCCAUAGGAGUUGCAGGCCGUUCCCAGGACGACGCAAUGGUGGACUACUUCUUUCAGAGGCAGCAUGGUGAGCAGCUUGGGGGAGGAGGAAGUGGUGGAGGCGGCUAUAAUAAUAGCAAACAUCGAUGGCCUACUGGGGAUAACAUUCAUGCAGAACAUCAGGUACGUUCUAUGGAUGAACUGAAUCAUGAUUUUCAAGCACUUGCUCUGGAGGGAAGAGCGAUGGGAGAGCAGCUCUUGCCAGGUAAAAAGUUUUGGGAAACAGAUGAAUCCAGCAAAGAUGGACCAAAAGGAAUAUUCCUGGGUGAUCAAUGGCGAGACAGUGCCUGGGGAACAUCAGAUCAUUCAGUUUCCCAGCCAAUCAUGGUGCAGAGAAGACCUGGUCAGAGUUUCCAUGUGAACAGUGAGGUCAAUUCUGUACUGUCCCCACGGUCGGAGAGUGGGGGACUAGGCGUUAGCAUGGUGGAGUAUGUGUUGAGCUCAUCCCCGGGCGAUUCCUGUCUAAGAAAAGGAGGAUUUGGCCCAAGGGAUGCAGACAGUGAUGAAAACGACAAAGGUGAAAAGAAGAACAAGGGUACGUUUGAUGGAGAUAAGCUAGGAGAUUUGAAGGAGGAGGGUGAUGUGAUGGACAAGACCAAUGGUUUGCCAGUGCAGAAUGGGAUUGAUGCAGACGUCAAAGAUUUUAGCCGUACCCCUGGUAAUUGCCAGAACUCUGCUAAUGAAGUGGAUCUUCUGGGUCCAAACCAGAAUGGUUCUGAGGGCUUAGCCCAGCUGACCAGCACCAAUGGUGCCAAGCCUGUGGAGGAUUUCUCCAACAUGGAGUCCCAGAGUGUCCCCUUGGACCCCAUGGAACAUGUGGGCAUGGAGCCUCUUCAAUUUGAUUAUUCAGGCACGCAGGUACCUGUGGACUCAGCAGCAGCAACUGUGGGACUUUUUGACUACAAUUCUCAACAACAGCUAUUCCAAAGACCGAAUGCACUUGCUGUCCAGCAAUUGACAGCUGCUCAGCAACAGCAAUAUGCACUAGCAGCUGCGCAUCAACCUCAUAUUGGUAUGUUUUCAGCAGGUAUAGCUCCCGCUGCAUUUGUCCCCAAUCCAUACAUCAUCAGCGCUGCUCCCCCAGGGACGGACCCCUACACAGCUGGAUUGGCUGCAGCAGCGACACUAGGCCCUGCUGUGGUCCCUCACCAGUAUUAUGGAGUUACUCCCUGGGGAGUCUACCCUGCCAGUCUUUUUCAGCAGCAAGCUGCCGCUGCUGCAGCAGCAACUAAUUCUGCUAAUCAGCAGACCACCCCACAGGCUCAGCAAGGGCAACAGCAGGUUCUUCGCGGAGGAGCCAACCAGCGUCCUUUGACCCCAAAUCAGAACCAGCAGGGACAGCAAACAGAUCCACUUGUGGCAGCUGCAGCAGUGAAUUCUGCCCUUGCUUUUGGACAAGGACUGGCUGCAGGCAUGCCAGGUUAUCCGGUGCUGGCUCCUGCUGCUUACUAUGACCAAACAGGUGCACUUGUGGUGAAUGCAGGAGCAAGAAAUGGUCUAGGAGCUCCUGUUCGACUUGUGGCUCCUGCCCCAGUCAUCAUUAGUUCCUCAGCUGCACAAGCAGCUGUUGCAGCGGCCGCAGCUUCAGCAAAUGGAGCAGCUGGUGGUCUUGCUGGAACAACAAAUGGACCAUUUCGCCCUUUAGGAACCCAGCAGCCUCAGCCCCAACCCCAGCAGCAGCCCAAUAACAACCUGGCAUCCAGCUCUUUCUAUGGCAACAACUCUCUGAGCAGCAAUUCGCAGAGCAGCUCCCUCUUCUCCCAGGGCUCUGCCCAGCCUGCCAACACAUCCUUGGGAUUUGGAAGUAGCAGUUCUCUCGGCGCUACCCUGGGAUCAGCCCUUGGAGGGUUUGGAACAGCAGUUGCAAACUCCAACACUGGCAGUGGCUCCCGCCGUGACUCCCUGACUGGCAGCAGUGACCUUUAUAAGAGGACAUCGAGCAGCUUGACCCCCAUUGGACACAGUUUUUAUAACGGCCUUAGCUUUUCCUCCUCUCCUGGACCCGUGGGCAUGCCUCUCCCUAGUCAGGGACCAGGACAUUCACAGACACCACCUCCUUCCCUCUCUUCACAUGGAUCCUCUUCAAGCUUAAACCUGGGAGGACUCACAAAUGGCAGUGGAAGAUACAUCUCUGCUGCCCCAGGUGCUGAAGCCAAGUACCGCAGCGCGAGCAGUGCCUCCAGCCUCUUCAGCCCCAGCAGCACCCUCUUUUCUUCCUCUCGCUUGCGAUACGGAAUGUCUGAUGUUAUGCCCUCUGGCAGGAGCAGGCUUUUGGAAGAUUUUCGAAAUAAUCGGUACCCCAAUUUACAACUGCGGGAGAUUGCCGGGCAUAUAAUGGAAUUUUCCCAAGACCAGCAUGGGUCCAGAUUCAUUCAGCUGAAACUCGAGCGUGCCACACCAGCUGAGCGCCAGCUUGUUUUCAAUGAGAUCCUCCAGGCGGCUUACCAGCUAAUGGUGGAUGUAUUUGGAAAUUAUGUCAUUCAGAAAUUCUUUGAAUUUGGCAGCCUUGAACAGAAGCUGGCUUUGGCAGAACGGAUUCGGGGCCAUGUCCUGUCAUUGGCACUGCAGAUGUAUGGCUGUCGUGUUAUCCAGAAAGCUCUUGAAUUUAUCCCCUCAGACCAGCAGGUAAUUAAUGAGAUGGUUCGGGAACUGGAUGGCCACGUCCUGAAGUGUGUAAAAGACCAGAACGGCAACCAUGUGGUUCAGAAAUGCAUUGAAUGUGUGCAGCCCCAGUCUUUGCAGUUUAUCAUCGAUGCGUUUAAGGGACAGGUAUUUGCUUUGUCCACGCAUCCUUAUGGCUGCCGAGUGAUUCAGAGGAUCCUUGAGCACUGUCUCCCUGACCAGACACUCCCUAUUUUAGAGGAGCUUCACCAGCACACAGAGCAACUUGUACAGGAUCAAUAUGGAAAUUAUGUGAUCCAACAUGUAUUGGAGCAUGGUCGUCCAGAGGAUAAAAGUAAAAUUGUAGCAGAAAUCCGAGGCAAUGUACUUGUAUUAAGUCAGCACAAAUUUGCAAGCAACGUCGUGGAAAAAUGUGUCACACAUGCCUCCCGUACGGAGCGUGCUGUGCUUAUUGAUGAGGUGUGUACCAUGAAUGACGGUCCCCACAGUGCCUUAUACACCAUGAUGAAGGACCAGUAUGCCAACUACGUAGUCCAGAAGAUGAUUGAUGUGGCAGAGCCUGCCCAGCGGAAGAUCGUCAUGCAUAAGAUCCGGCCCCACAUCGCGACUCUUCGCAAGUACACCUACGGCAAGCACAUUCUGGCCAAGCUGGAGAAAUACUACAUGAAGAAUGGCGUUGACUUAGGGCCCAUCUGUGGCCCCCCUAAUGGUAUUAUCUGAGGCAGUGUCACCCCGUCCCCUCAUGCCCACUGACCUCACUGGCCCAUUGGUGAAUCCAGCCAGCAACCAGAAAUAUUCUAGUAUAGAAUCUGAAAUGGGUAAAUGGUUGCUCCAGGAUACCCUCACCUCCAAAAAAAGGAAUCAAAUCCACAAGUGGAAAAGCCUUUGUAAAUUUGUUUAAUUUUAUUACGCAUAACAUGUACUAAUUAUUUUUUUUAAUUGACUAAUUGCCCUGUUGUUUUACUGGUGUAUAGGAUACUUGUACAUAGGUAACCAGUGUACAUGGGAGGCCACAUAUUUUGUUCAAUGUUGUAUCUAUAUUCCACGUGCGGAAACUUUCAGGGUGGUUGGUUCAACAAAAAGUUUAAAAAAAGUUUU